ACCUUCUCAGUGUUAUACUGCAUCGAAAUGACGAAGUUUUGGGGAUUAUGGAAAGUGUGGGAAUUUGAAGUUGCCAGCUUAAUCGAUUGGAGUUUACCUGGGUGCGUGGCUCUAUCAUUAGUCUUAUUAACAUAUACAACAUAUGUAUUUUCUAUAUAUUUUAGUUCUUAUCUUUUGAAAAGUUACUUUGUUUUGCCAACGUGAGUAAACGCAAAUCUUCACGGCUGAUUAGCCGUGAAUUAAUCAGUUUGAGAGGACACUCAAAUUGAUUUGAAGAAUUCUUCCAAACUUUUGUGACUAAAUAUUGAUUAAAUAUGCCUAACGGUCUUAUUCUUAUAGUUUAAAAAUUAUUCAGUUCUCUGUAAAAGGCUGUUGUAUUGUCAGUUUCAGCCUGUAGGCACGUAUAUGCUGUUCCUAUAUGCGUUACUGCCUUCAAAUAUACUCAAUUUUUAAUGGACGUGAAGUUUUCCUUAGUAGAUGAUGAUAAGGAAAACAGCAGUGAAUUAGAUGUCGAGGAAGUAAUCCAAAACAGUUCGAUUAUGUCCAGGCCUUCGACUGUACAAUUUUCAAACAAAUCCUUUAACCCUUUAUGUAAAAAACACGAAGCACAAACACUAUCUGAAGAUCAAGCUUUGAUGGGGAAAUCAUUUGUAGAAAUUCUUGGCGUUAAUUGUCAAUAUAUGAUAGGCAAUACUAUACCGAAUUGUCCAACUGGUCAAAUAAGUGUCUGUACAUCGGUUGAUGUUCUUCAGCUUCUGCAUCAAUCUAAACCUGAACCUCCGUCUAGUUCUGUUGAUUCAGAUAUAUCACAAUCAUUGCUUCCUGAAGUAAAAGGACUUCUACACUGCCGACUUAGUUGUUAUAAUAGUUGUUUUGGUUCGACAUCUCGAGGUGAAGUUGACUUGAUUAUAACUUUAGAAGCAAAAAGCAAUGAUUCCCAUGUUGGAGAGGAGACCUAUAAAGUAUUUGGUCUUAGUAAAAUUUCUGUUCGUUGUUGUUCAUGCCCGGCAAGAGACGCGAAAUCAGACUGUAAACAAUCGGAUUCUCCUGAUAAAAAUUCUCGAAGAUUAUCUCUGAAUUUAUCAUCUCAAUCAAAUAUUCGCUUAAAAAAUGACAGUUCAAGCAUACGUCGUAGUUGUCCUAGCAAGAUUCAAAAAGUUGAAAAUAUAAAUCAAAUUGAUUCAUGUUCUUCUGUAAUUAUUGAUGGGAAAAAAUACUAUAUUACUGUGACCGAUGAUCAGGGAGUGGCUACCUCAAAUAUGACAAUGAGAAAUUCAGCUGCUUUAAUCUCUGAACAAUGGAGGUAUUCUGGUUCACAUCAUCGAAAGCUGAAGCAGAUUAAAAAAUUCUAUAAAAAAUUGGAAUGUUACAUCUCUGACUGUGUCAGUAGAGACAUGUCUCGAAAAGUAACUGAUCCUAUUGUAUCUCAAGGAUCACAGGAUAGUACCAGUUCCACUUCUUCUACAUCUGAUAAGCAAGUUGGUACGGACGAUAUCUAA